UUGACCCUUCGGAGAGCCCGUAGAGGGUGUGCAGUGACGGUGGCAUUGGCCGCCCUCUGCUCAGUGGAGUUUGUUUAUUGAAUAGUGAUUUAAGGGACGGAGCAUUCUGUGCGGUCCCGUUCUCUCGCAUUCCGACCAUCUGAGCUUGGGCAAGUUACGGGCCCCAGCUUACUGCGUGUCAGUAAAAGUGGAUGUUGGUUUAGUUAAAUGAAGACAUGUCUUCUGGUAAAGGAAGUCCAAAACAAGAAAUGAUUUCUGAGUUUCACAGUGCAGCUGCUGAGGGAGAUAUUGCCAAGAUAAUAGGAAUACUCAGUCAUUCUCCAGCGCUUCUCAACGAAACAUCUGAAAAUGGCUGGACUGCUUUAAUGUAUGCUGCAAGGAACGGACACCCCGAAGUCGUCCAGUUUCUGCUUGAGAAAGGGUGUGAUAGAUCAGUUGUCAAUAAAUCAAAGCAAACUGCACUGGAUAUUGCUGUAUUUUGGGGUUAUAAGCAUAUAGCUAACUUACUAGCUAAUGCUCAAGGUGGGAAGAAGCCUUGGUUCCUAACCAGUGACGUGGAAGAAUGUGACAAUUAUUUUAGCAAAACACUACUGGAUCGAAAAAGUGAAAAAAGAAAUAAUUCUGACUGGCUGCUAGCUAAAGAAAGCCAUCCAUCCACAGUUUAUAUCCUUUUCUCAGAUUUAAAUCCCUUGGUCACUUUAGGUGGCAAUAAAGAAAGUUUCCAACAGCCAGAAGUCAGGCUUUGUCGGCUGAGCUACACAGAUAUAAAGGAUUACUUGGCUCAUCCUGAGAAGAUCACCUUGGUUUUCCUUGGAGUAGAGCUUGAAACGAAAAAACAGUUAAAUAAUCAUGCUGCAGAAGUCCCAAGAGAAGAGGAAGAUGGGUUGGUUGCCUGGUUUGCUCUCGGUAUAGAUCCUGUGGCUGCUGAAGAGUUUAAGCAAAGACAUGAAAAUUGUUACUUUCUUCAUCCUCCCAUGCCAGCUCUUCUACAGUUGAAAGAAAGAGAAGCUGGGGUCGUAGCUCAAGCAAGAUCUGUUCUUGCCUGGCACAGUCGAUACAAGUUCUGUCCAACCUGUGGAAGCACGACUAAAAUUGAAGAAGGUGGCUAUAAAAGAGUGUGUUUGAAGCAAGACUGCCCCAGUCUCCAUGGUGUUCAUAACACAUCAUAUCCCAGAGUCGAUCCAGUAGUAAUCAUGCAAGUUAUUCAUCCAGAUGGGACCAAAUGUCUUUUAGGCAGGCAGAAAAGAUUUCCCCCGGGCAUGUUUACUUGUCUUGCUGGAUUUGUGGAACCUGGGGAGACAAUAGAGGAUGCUGUUCGGAGAGAAGUAGAAGAGGAGAGUGGAGUCAGAGUGGGCCAUGUUCAGUAUGUCUCUUGUCAACCAUGGCCAAUGCCCUCCUCCUUAAUGAUUGGUUGUUUAGCUGUGGCAGUGUCUACAGAAAUUAAAGUUGACAAGAAUGAAAUAGAGGAUGCCCGCUGGUUCACCAGAGAACAGGUUGUGGAUGUUCUAACCAGAGGGAAGCAGCAAGCAUUCUUUGUGCCACCAAGCCGAGCUAUUGCACAUCAGUUAAUCAAAUACUGGAUUGGAAUGAACCCCAAUCUCUAACUCAAAAUACUAGGCUUUGAGUAUUAUUUCUAAAGCCACUUUUCAGUUGAGAUUAGAAAUAUGUAGUGCUCUUUAGAGUCUCAUAACACAAAAUAUCAUGUUGGGCUGUCAAAAUAUUUCUAAAGUGUUCUCUCCAUUAACCAUAGAAUUCACAUUUUUAUAAAUUUCAACACUGUGUCAGAUUUCAUUAAAUUUGAAUGAGACUUUGAGAUUUUUUGAUUGCACAUCACAGUUUUAUCUCACAAACCAUAUUUCUAAUAAGAAACAUCAUGUUGUAGAGAAAUAUAUUCUAGAAAUGUGAAUAAGCCUAAAUUCCGGGUCUCAAAUAGGUAUUGGUCUGCUCAUUAAAAUUGUUUAUGUAAGAAAUGAAACGAAAUUUUAAAUUGAGUUUAUAUUGAUUUUUAGUCACUUCAUUACCAUGAAGAUCCUUUAAGUUACCAGGAUCUGAUUUUUCUCAUUUUGCUGUUGCAAUGUUGCUCCUAGGCUACCUAGCAUUGACCAGUGCUGAGAAUUUCUUAUUCUACUGGUUCUAUCAGUGAUCUCAAAAUGCCCCAUUCCGAGGAGGAGAGCUAACAUGAGAGCAUAGUAUACACUGUGUCUGGAACUUGUUUCUUACACCUGAAAUUAAUGUUUGUUUAUAUGUUACUUAGGCCCCAAGUUGUUCUUCAGAUAAAUCAAGAUCUGAAACCUGAAAUUAUGCAUUUUGAAAGGAAUUAUCCUCAAAGGUUAGAUAUUAAAUAAAUCCUGGAUACAUUCACAUGUUCAAUUAAAAGCAGAUUUGUUUCGUUUUGUGAUGAAGAAUCUAUCUGUGUUAACAAAACAAAUUAAAUAAUCAUUACCAUCAGUACUUAAAAUAUUUAACAUCUGAUUUUGACUUUAACACCUUCUAAAAAGACAAUAAAAUGAGUGCAUUUCACAGCUGAAUCAGUGAGAUUCUAGAGAAAGUAAAUUCUGGUACAAUAGUUCACAGUUUUGCAGCAUAAAAACAUUUUAUAAGGCUGUUUUGAAAUUGUUUUAAAAGAUAGUUAUAUAAAGAUACAAAUUUAUGCAAUUAGCUUUUUACUAUUGUAUGUUAGAAUUGAAAGAGACUUUGAGAUAAUAUAUGAAAUUUGUUGCCUUUAUUUAUAGUUAGGUAAAAGGAAACCCUGGAAGAUACAUUUCGUUCAUUGGGGAAAAUCACACUAAUAAUUAUAUCAGCCCGUACCAUGUAACCCAGGGCAAGAAUCUCUCCCUAUCAGUAAUAAAAAGCUUUUACCAAAAAUGUAUGUGGGCUAGAUUAAGAAAAAGGUUGAAAAGAAGAAUAAAUUUAGCUUGCCAAAUGUUGCUAAACUUUUAGGUAUAAUAAUUACUUUAGAAAGAAAACUGUUGGAUAAAGUCUUUAGUAAUGAACAGUUUUUAGUAGUUAAUGAAUGCUUAUUGAUAGCAGUUUUAAACUAAAUUAAGACUUACACAGAACAUUUAUAGAUAUAGUAACUAUGUAAUUACAUGGAAAAUAAGAUGCCUUGGUUAUUAUGAAAUAUAAUGAUUUAAGGUUCUGUUUUAUUCCAAAUGGACUUUUAAGGCUUGCAAAUUCUAAUAUUACACUGUAAAAUUCCAGGUUUUACUAAUGUUAGGGUUGGAAGGUAAAAUAUAAAGUGUCAACAAAUAAAGCUAUAAAUUUAGUUUCAGAUAUUUAAUCCUGUACUUGAAGAAAAUCAGUAUCUAAGUAAAUUAUUCAUUUAAUAAUUGUUACUAAAUUGCUAACCUCUAAGAGUUAAUAGGUACAAGUAAAUAGGAAUAACCAAUUCAAAAAGUGAUAAGUGAUAAAGGUGUGUCAGGAAUGUAUUCUAAUGGAAAUGAAUGUUAAAUUAAAAUACUUGUUUUCUA